CAUUGACUUCGUACCUUUAGCUGGUGGUUUUUUUUCGGUUGGUUACCAUUCAAUUUCUUUACAAUAUAUUUUAGAUUUCUACAAGCUAACAGACGAAAAGUUGGGUGCGGGAGCGUACGCUAGUGUCCGAACUUGUGUUUCGAUUGCUUCUGGAAAGGAAUACGCAGUAAAGGUUGUUGAUAAGAACGAGGAAUCGCAUACACGAUCGCGAAUUCUACGGGAGGUAAACACGUUCAAGAUGUGCAAGAACCAGCCAAACAUUGUCCAGAUGAUCGAGUGGUUCGAAGACGACGUGAACUUCUACAUGGUUUUCGAAAAGAUGCGUGGCGGCCCCCUGCUUGAACACAUCAUUCGAAAAGGAUAUUUCACUGAGGAGGAGGCUCGCCGUGUGACAGUGGACAUUGCUACUGCACUCAAGUUCCUCCACGACCGAGGAAUCGCACAUCGUGAUGUGAAACCUGAAAACAUCCUGUGUACUGAGCCCGACCGAGUGAGUCCUGUGAAGUUAUGCGAUUUAGACCUUGGUCACUCUCCACCAAAAAUGCCAACUGUACAGAUUGCGUCUGAACCCGAUCUUGCUUCACCAGUUGGGAGUGCUGAAUUCAUGGCUCCGGAAGUGGUUGAUGCGUUUGUCAACGAUGCACUUCGGUAUGAUAAACGGUGCGAUAUGUGGUCACUUGGGGUGAUUUUGUACAUAAUGCUGUGUGGAUACGCCCCAUUCCAGGGAGAAUGCGAUGACGAAGACUGCGGUUGGUCGGAAGGUCAACCAUGCGAUGAUUGUCAACAGGAACUGUUUCGUCGUAUUCAGUGUGGUGAGUAUGAUUUUCCAGCGGACGAGUGGGACAUGAUCAGUGCCGAAGCGAAACAUCUUGUUAGCAGUCUACUUGUGAAAAAUGUGAGCGAGCGAUUGACUGCCAAUGAAGUUCUUGAUCAUCCUUGGGUGAAGCAAAGCGCACCAAGCACCAUCUUACAAACUCCAAGUAAUCUCUUUCGCAUUGAUUCUGCUCGUGACGUACAGCAGAUGAGCGAGCACUUCAAUGUCAUGAAUCGGCUCGUAGCCGCCCGUCUGAGCUCUCGUUUGGAUAAAAUAACAAUUAGUGAAGUAUGUUUAACGUUUUUUCUCGGUUUUUUAUAUAUUGGUGUUUCUUCACAAAGUGAAUAUGUUUCGCAGUUUUUUCCAACUACUACACAAAGCUCUAGAUUUGGUUUCUCUUAUUCACCGAUAGUCAUCUACUGCUCGGUCAUUUUUUCUCCAUAUCAAGUGCGAUUUUAUAUAAAACGUUGUCAGGAUGGAGUGCAAGAUUCAUCGUGUCUUCAUACUGACAGCAGCUUCAGUGGUAUCCGUCGUUACAUUUCAAGUGUGUCUCGUGUGCCAACACCAGAAACUUGUCAAGGUGCCGUAGUCAGGCAAGUAAGUGGAUGUUUAUUUUCGAUACGGUAUUUCAUGUACUGCUUUGAACCCACUUCAGGAGUCAAAAUCCGACUUGCUAGGUCAACCACAUCGUGA